AAGCCAACAAGUCGUCUCGUCUUGUCUCGUCAGUCCACCACGCCGCACCGCGGGGGAGAACGAACCCGAUUCGAUUCCAUCCCCCCGUCUAGGCCAGUCCGUUGUACGACCUCCGCUCACCGAGGCUCACCCCAUCCACCCACCCGCCCACCCAGUCCACAACGUCGUCGCCCGCCCCCGGCAGCGGCGUCCCGUCGACGCCUCGCGCCUCGGUGCCGGUCGCGCCGGCGGCACGCGUGUCCCUGAAGGCGCUGCUGCUUCCACGCGUCGCCGCCUCGCAGCGUGGGCGCCAAGGCGAGGCGGGGGGCGGAGGCCGGGCUUGGAGGAAGGAUAGGGGCCACGGCACGGCCGGGAGUUGUGCACGCCACGGCGGCCCGGCAGCGGAGUAUAAUUCGAGCGGCGGCCGCGCGCUGAGCUGGGGGGUCGGCUGCGCUGGUGCGGGUCAGCAGAGCAGCGGGAUGGGGCAGGCUCCGGAGAUGGCGGCGCCGCUGCUCCUGCAGGUGGAGGACGCGGACACCGAGUGGAGCUCCAGGCCGCAUCGCAUUGCUCUAUUCGUCGAGCCUUCGCCCUUCGCUUACAUCUCCGGGUACAAGAACCGGUUCCAGAACUUCAUCAAGCAUCUGCGAGAGAUGGGCGAUGAGGUCUUGGUCGUGACCACGCACAAAGGAGCUCCCGAGGAGUUCCAUGGAGCAAAGGUCAUUGGCUCGUGGAGCUUUCCAUGUCCAUUGUACCAAAAUGUUCCACUCUCGUUGGCAUUGAGCCCCAGAAUAUUUUCUGCGGUGUCAAAGUUCAAGCCAGACAUAAUCCAUGCUACCUCACCUGGUGUUAUGGUUUUUGGUGCCCUUGCUAUUGCAAAGAUGAUUUCAGUUCCAAUGGUGAUGUCUUAUCACACACAUCUUCCAGCGUACUUACCAGGUUACAAUUUAAAUUGGUUACUUGGGCCCACAUGGGGUCUUAUAAAAUGUCUCCACAGGUCUGCAGAUCUUACUCUAGUUCCUUCAGUAGCUAUUGCCGAGGACUUUGAAACUGCUAAAGUAGUACCAGCAAACAGAGUACGGCUUUGGAACAAGGGCGUUGAUUCUGAAAGCUUCCAUCCUAAAUUUUGGAGGCAUGAAAUGCGGAUCAAGUUGAGCGGUGGUGAACCAGAAAAACCAUUGAUAAUUCAUGUGGGCCGUUUUGGGCGUGAAAAGAAUUUGGAUUUUCUGAAGAGAGUUAUGGAAAAACUCCCCGGAGUAAGAAUUGCUUUUGUUGGAGAUGGACCAUACAGGGCUGAGCUGGAAAAAAUGUUCACAGGCAUGCCUGCAGUUUUCACCGGAAUGCUCCAAGGCGAGGAGCUCUCGCAAGCGUAUGCCAGUGGGGACGUGUUUGCAAUGCCUUCAGAGUCUGAGACCCUCGGACAAGUAGUGCUGGAGUCCAUGGCUUCUGGAGUACCGGUUGUGGCAGCUCGUGCUGGAGGCAUACCUGAUAUAAUACCCAAGGACAAGGAGGGCAAGACCAGCUUCCUCUUCACACCCGGGGAUCUCGACGAGUGCGUGAGGAAGAUCGAACAGCUCCUCUCGUCGAAGAACCUCAGGGAGUCCGUCGGAAGGGCUGCCAGGGAGGAGAUGGAGAACUGCGACUGGAGAACGGCCUCGAAGACGAUACGCAACGAGCACUACCGCACCGCGACGUUGUACUGGCAGAAGAAGACGGGUAGAACGGGGUAGGCGUCGUUUAUCAGGCCAGGCACUCCGUUUGCUGCCCUGCCUACUGUUAUACAACCAAAGGAUUUGUACAUUGUACCCCAGCAGCAGCUUGCGAGCUUGUAUGGCUAGCUGCACUCAUAUGUCCACUGUUACGGAUGAUUGACCGGCCGCUUGUAUGCAGUUACUGUACAUUACAAAGUUCUUUGAAAUUGGCCAUUUCCGUCGUA